AUGAGUGCAACGACAUGGACACCGCCUGCCCCUGACGCGGUGCCGGCGCCCAAGCCACGUCCUAUUCGAGAUAUUCACUCGUAUGCCAACAUGAACGAGCUGAAGCCCGUGAGCAUGCAUCUGCAAUGGACGAUCGACUGGGAACACAAGCGUAUCCAUGGCUCUGUGGCUCACAAGAUGGAAGUGCAGCAGACCAACGUGUCGCGUGCCGUCCUAGAUACCUCGUACCUUGAUAUCCACCAUAUUGAGGUCGAUGGUACGAAGACAUCCGACUACAAACUAGGCGAGCGUGCUGGCCCGCUGGGUGCGCCACUCAGCAUCGAUAUCGGCUCGCGCAGUGUUGGCGAGAUGGUCGACAUUACCAUCCACUACUCGACUACGGACAAGUGCACGGCGCUGGGUUGGCUGUCGAAGGACCAGACGCACGCAAAGAAGACGCCGUUCCUCUACUCGCAAUGCCAGGCCAUUCAUGGUCGUUCGCUGUUUCCAUGCAUGGACACGCCUUCCCGCAAAGUGACGUACUCGGCAGAGAUCACCUCGACCAUCCCUAUUCUCAUGUCGGCGCUGCAGGAGACCCGGCCAAAGCCGGCUAGCGGUGAUGCCAAGGUGUACGAGUUCCGCCAACCUGUGGCGAUUCCGACGUACCUUGUCGCGAUUGUCGGUGGUUUGCUGGAGUUCCGCUCGCUGGGCCCUCGCACAGGUGUUUGGGCCGAGCCUCCCGAAGCUGAUCGUGUGCAAUGGGAGUUCGAGGCAGAUGCGGAGCGUUUCCUGGAGGAAGCGGAGAAACUUGUAUCGCCGUAUUCGUGGACACGCUAUGACAGUGUCGUACUUCCGCCUUCGUUCCCGUAUGGUGGUAUGGAGAACGCGAAUCUCACGACGCUUACCCCGACGUUGGUGAGUGGCGACCGCAGCGCUACGGAUGUCCUGCUUCACGAGCUGUGCCAUUCAUGGAGUGGUAACUACACGUCGUGCAUGAACUGGGAGUCGUUCUGGCUGAACGAGGGCUGGACUGUGUACUUGGAGCGCCUGCUCUUGCAGAUGGUGCACAAGGACGACAAUGGUCCCGGUCACCGUGGCUUUUCGUACAUUAUCGGCAACAAGGCCAUGCGUAACUCACUCGAGGGCUUUGCUGAUGUGCCUCGUUUCCAACGCUUGAUGCCCAAGUAUGUGGAUGGUGAGGACCCUGAUGAUGCGUUCUCUUCGAUUCCAUACGACAAGGGUGCGAACUUUUUGUUGUAUCUCGAACGCGUCGUGGGUGGUCUAGACGUCUUUAUCCCGUACCUCAAGGCGUACUUCCACACGUUUGCGGGUCGCUCGCUGUGCACGGAAGAAUGGCACGAGCAUUUGAUGGCAUACUUUGCCGGGAACGAGAAGGCGACCAAGGCCCUGAAGGAGGUGGAUUGGGAUGCAUGGCUCCACGGCGAAGGCACUGAACUGCCGGUGCACAUGGAGUACGAUGGCUCGUUGGCUGUGGAAGCUUUUGCGCUGGCGGACCGCUGGGUCGACGUGAUUAAGCGUGGUACAUCCAAGAGCGACGGCAAAUUCGCCAAGAGCGAUAUGGAUGGCUGGAAUGCGAACCAGGUGGUCGUAUUCCUCGAGCGUUUGUAUGACGGACCUCAAGUGCCGGCCGCCGUUGCGAGCUGGAUGGAUGACGUCUACGAUCUGAGCUCGGCGGCCAACACGGAGAUCCGCUUGCGUUUCUAUGAAGUGGCAUUGGGGGACAAGGCAUCGCAGUAUGCCAAGGCUGCCGCUGAAUGGGUAUCGAAGCAGGGCCGUAUGAAGUACUGCCGUCCCAUCUACAAGGCUCUCGGCAAGGUCGCGCCGUCUCUGGCGCGUGAGACGUUCCUUGAGAACGAAUCGUUCUACCACCCUAUUGCUGCAUCGCUCAUCCGCAAGGACUUGCAGAUAAAUGACGGUACUUCUAAGUCUACGACGCUAGCAACGUCAACGACUCCCUCGAUCAUGGCAGUUAUUGGCAGUACAGGCACUGGCAAGUCGCAGCUGGCUGUCGAGGUGGCCGAAUAUGCAGCGACAUACCACCAGCAUGUCGAAGCGAUCUCUGCGGAUAGUAUGCAGACGUACGAAGGGCUGGACGUGAUCACGAACAAAGCGGAUGUGGCCGAGCAACGUGGCGUUCCCCACCACCUGCUUAGUUUCCUUCCUCCCGGUCAUGAGUACGAUGUGACACAGUUUGUCAGCGAUGCCCAGAGGCUGUGCAACACAAUGCAUGCGCAGGACACUUGGCCCGUGCUAGUCGGGGGCACUACAUACUACGUGCAGCAUUUUCUGUUUCCUGGCCGCUUAGUAUCCCAAGUGGAGCCCGCUGAUGCGCCGCAAAGACGCGAGGCACAUCAGCAUCGUCUGGAGGCGCUCUCAGCAGACCUACGUGCGUUGUGGGAUACGCUCGGGUCGGAGGAGGUGCGCGCUAAUGCCGCGCCGGACGUGGAUGCGCGUACCUUAUGGGCCCUCCUCGAAGCUUUGGAUCCGGCGAGUGCGAGCCGUUGGCACUACAAAGAUACCCGCAAAGUGUACCGCAGCUUGCGUAUCCUGUAUGAUACAGGCAUUCGUCAGUCAGAUUGGCUUGCAGCACAGGAUGCAGAGGACCGUGAGGCGGCGAAACCUGCCUCGCCACGCCCACGCCGCCUUGUCUUAUGGGUCUGGAGUGAGCGUGAGGCACUCAAUGCACGCUUAGAUGCGCGGAUUGGGACGAUGAUUAAGCGUGGCCUCCUGGACGAAAUUCGAACUCUCCGUGCGUUGGCUCGUACGCAAAACAGUGAGACGGAUUAUACCCGCGGUAUUUUCCAGGCAAUCGGGUACAAAGAGUUUGAUGCAUACUUGCGCUACCUGGACGAAGGGCAUACGUCGGAAGAUACCCAUGCACAAGCGCUCUUUGCCGAGGCUAUUACGGCCAUGCAGACAGCCACACGCCGCUACGCUAAACGCCAGGUCUCGUGGAUCCGUAACCAGCUCUUGCCGGAAAUCCGCCGUGCCGAAGAGCGUGGAGAGGAGGUAUGGGUGUAUGUCCUGGAUGCCACAGACGUAAGCCAGUGGAACGAACAAGUACGUACGCCUGCUCAGCGCAUCGUGCAUGCCUUUAUGCACAACGAGCCGAUGCCUGAUGCCUUUACACUCAACGAGGCUGCCUCGUCGCUCUUACCUGUCACUACCUCUUCAGAAGGCCGUGUGGAGCGCAACCGAUUGGUUGCCUGUGAUGUAUGUACACGAAAUGAAGCCCAGCCGUUCCUGAUUCGCGAAUCGGAGCGCGCCAAGCACGAGCAGUCGCGUACGCACCGAUAUGCACUGAAACGACGGACGAAGGCCGCUUACAUUGAAGCAUGCAAAGCGCAAGGCAAGGAUAUCACCGCCGCACGGGCUACACGUUCAUAA